ACCACAUAAUUAUUGGUAGUCACAAUUAGUUGCUUAUGCGCGCUCGCAGAUAUAGAACUCGGCAUGGAACUCUUCGAUUAUUUUCAUCGGAUUUAGGAACUAUUUGUAUGAAAACUCAACACCAAAGUGAAUUAUUGCUUGGAAAAAGAAGAACCGUGUUCAAUGAUAUAAUCGUGUAAUUAACUAUAACUGAGAGUAUUCUCUUUUAAUUCUGUUAAUGUGAACGAGUGUAAAAAAUAUUGCAAAAUGAACGAAGUGAAUGUCAUGAAUGUCACUGGUCCCGAGCACUGGAUAGUCUUUGACUUUGAAACAACUGACUUUAUCUGGGACGUUCUGGCAUGGAUGAGGAAUUAUUGGUGGAAAUGCUUUUACUAUACUGCUAUUUAUUUAGUCGUCAUUUUCACAGGGAAGCUUUAUAUGUCAAAUAGACCAAAGUUUGAUCUGAGGAAUUUACUCGCAUUAUGGAGCGGAUUGCUUGCGAUAUUCUCCAUUAUAGGAACUAUAAGAACAACGCCAGAAUUGUUUCACAUAUUAUACCAUCACGGAUUUUACUAUAGUAUUUGUUCGCACAGUUACUAUACUCAUGAUAAUGUUUGUGCUUUCUGGUCAACUUUGUUCGCCCUAUCAAAGAUCGUAGAACUUGGCGAUACUGUCUUCAUUGUGUUACGAAAGCAGCCAUUAAUAUUUCUACAUUGGUAUCAUCAUAUAACGGUUAUUUAUUUCACAUGGUACUCUUAUGCGCUACUCAUGGGAACAUCCAGAUGGUAUAUCGUGAUGAAUUACUUUGUCCAUUCCUGGAUGUACUCUUACUAUGCUCUUAAAGCAAUGGGAUACAAACCAUCAAGAUUCAUCGCCAUGAUGAUUACUACGAUGCAGUUAGUACAAAUGGUUGCAGGUUUCUUUGUAACUAGCGCAGCUUACUAUUAUAUAACGAAUGGUGAGAAAGAAUGCCAAGCUACGAGUCUCAACGCCAUUUGCGGUUUGCUCAUGUACUUCAGUUACUUCGUUCUAUUCGCUAUGUACUUUUACAAGACCUAUAUGUCUGGCAAAAGCAGGACGAAAGUCGAAUAGGGAUACCAUAUCGAUAGAACAAACGAUUUUGCAGAAAUGCUAUUUAAAAUCGUCUUACUUAUACCGCAUACGAUAUUUACAUUUGUAUUUAUAGUAGUUUUAUUAUACGAAAUAUUUUGAAAUCUCACUAGUACUGUAACGAGACACGACUAUCGUGAUUACGAUGGUAAAAUUUAAAACAGAUCUGAAAAUGUAGAAACAUUCGAUAACUACACAAAAAGAUCCUUUGCAUAAUUGCACAGUCAUCAACAUUGCUAGAAGGCUCGAGAUCAAGUAGUGUAACAUGAUCCUAUGUCAGACAUUGCUGAGACAAUGUAUGUAGGUACUAGUUCAAAAGCGAAAGCUUUUUAUUUGCAACUUUUUUAAAGUUGUAAAGUAAACUUUUACCAACGUAUUUGUAAGAUCUUUCUGAUUAAAACGAGACCAAACACGAUAUAAUUUGAGUUACAUUUACUUAUUGAUAUGUAUUUAAUUAUCGUUCAUCAAGUAAGCAAAUGUACUCAAAAUUAUAUCGUGUUUGAUCUCGUUUUAAUCAGAAAAAUGUAACAAUCAUGUCGGUAAAAGUUUCAUUGAUCAUAAAUUAAAAAUAGAAAAUAUUGAUUUUGAGAUCCGAGCUUGUUGCGAGCCUUAAAUGUUUGUUGACCGCUUUGACUCUCGAUUUUUCAUCGUUUCUUAGUCGUGUUGUCCUUUUUUACGUUCGGUAUGUCUACGAUCUGAGUUUUGAGGAAUAGGAUCGUUUCUGCAUCUCCAUAAUUGCAACACUUAGGUCCUGAUCUUCGUGCAAUUAUCAAACGUUUGCAUAUGUAGAAGUUAGAAGGUAUUUAUUGAAAACAUACACUUCGCAAAACCAUGAAGAUAUUUGACAGUCAAUUAUUCACCAUAUUAAUAAGCUACAAUAUUCAGUCCAUCCUUAGCACUAACUAUAUGUUUAAGGCUAUUAUUUAUACUGUAUAUUAACUUCUAUAUGUAUAUGUUACGGCCGACAUCCACAAGACACGCGGAGACGAUUUUAUCGGUACAGUGCAGAAUUAAAUUAACCAUUUAACGCUACAACGCCUGACGGGCAUCAACAUAUUCACAAUUAUAGCUCAUGUAACAGCUUAGCACCGGCACAACAACGUUGAGUUAUCCAUGUGUCGGCAACGUACGAGAUCACAUUUCCAACUAUUGCCCAUUUUACAAAAGUAUCGAAAUUUACUAUUAAACGGUUGUAAUAGCAUUGUUACUUGAUGAGAAAGAAGACAGUACAAAAAGAGGAGAAAAUACUGAAUAUAUAGAAGUCUGGGAUUAAAAAAGAGCAAAGAUGAAUUUCAUACACUACAUAUAUAUAUAUAUAAAUAUGUCAACGACCCAAUUUCAGGUAUUAUUUAAAAAAAUCAAAAAUACAAAUUUUAGACAAGCAAUAACGUCCAUAGAGAAACUGGCAAUAUAUUUAAUUCUCGCUUGUCUCAUAAUUUCACAUCUUAAUACGUCUCUCGGUGACUAUUUGUCAUAAGAAAUGAAUGAAAUGAGAAGAUAAAUAAUGUUAUAAAUUCUUUUAUCGAAUAUAAGAAAAUAAAUAUUUAGGCUAUGGAGAUUUCACAUUCUUCACAAAGAAUAAAUCUAUGUGAUGGGCAUACAGCUCUUUCGUCUUUGUCACAGUGUGCACUAUGCACAUUUGCAUUCUGUUUUUUCUUUUUCAAAAAUAUGACAAUGACUCUUUUUCGUAGGAAUCACAUGUCUCUAAUGACCAUUAUAAGACGUCACUUGGGUCGAUAUACCUUGUACAUGUAUUGUGCAUAAUUUACAGAGCAUUAGAAUCGCCAGGGACAUUUGUGCGUGAUGUUAUGUAUCAUCAUUUGGUUGCACCAAAGAAUGUGCAAUUUUAACUAGAAAAUGGUAUGAUUGAAGGUAUGAGAAAAAGGUGACUACGCUAUUGAGGAUAAGUGGGCGCAGUUCUAUUAAAAUAUAUGUAAAUAAUGUGAAUUUGUCUAUGUUGGUCUGAAAUACAAUCAUAUACAUAAGCUUGACAUUCCAAGAGGAGGGUGGGGUAAGUGUUAGGGUUAGGUUUAGGGUUAGGGUUAGGGUUAGGGUUAGGAUUAGGGUUUGGGUUAGGGUUAGGGCUAGGUUUAGAUUUCAACAAGACUUAACAAAACAAUCUCGGGAAGUGUGCUUUACAAGUCGCUUUUAGAAACAGACAAUAGAGGACGCUGCGAUCGAGAAGUUAACACCAUCCUUGGGUGAAAGUGUUGUAAGGAGAAUGAAUUAAAUUGAGAUUAUUCAAUGUAAAGUAAACUGAAUACAAUUACAAUGUAAUGUGGCUAAAAUAAACUACUUUUCAUAGUUUGUCACCAAUUAUUUAAAGUAUUUGGUAGAGAAAAAUGUUGUUUAAAUAAAUAUCAAUUAUGAACCA